UGUCCCGAGCAUGAAUUUGAACUAAGGAGGCUUCACAUCUGGCGGCUAACCCUUCUGACAGGAUGGCCAGUCCCACUAAGUUCUGCGAGAGGAUCACCUGCGACUCCAUGAAGGACUUCCAGUACAUCAACAGAGGGGCCUUUGGGAAGAUCUAUCAGGCUCGGCACCGAGACUGGGGGAUCGAUGUUGCGGUGAAGAUUCUCAACCGCGAUGCUUCCUGUACCCCAGAGGAACUCCUGAACGAAGCCCUUGCCAUGGAUCAGGCACGUUUCACCUACAUUCUCCGCCUCUUUGGCCUCUUUGUGGAUGAUGUGGAGACGGAUGCAAAGGUGGCAGGCUUGAGAGACGCUGCACCCAGAUUGGGCCUUGUGAUGGAGUUCAUGGAGAAUGGCAGUUUGUCCACCCUACGAGAUCGGGUACCGUCUGUGCCUUGGGCCUUGCGACUCCGCAUCCUCCACCAGGUGGCGCUGGGAAUGAAUUUCCUUCAUAGCCUUAGUCCUCCACUGUUACACCUGGACCUCAAGCCUAGCAACGUUCUACUGGAUGGGGAGCUACAUGUCAGGGUGGCUGAUUUUGGGCUGUCCAAAUUCAAACGCGGGACUACCCAACGUGCCAGCCUCAGCAGCAGAGAAGGGGAUGGAUAUGGCGGGACGCUGGAAUACAUGCCCCCAGAGGCCUUCACCAAUCUGAAUUACAAGCCAGCCCCAGGAACGGAUGUCUACAGUUAUGCAAUCCUUACGUGGUCAUUGUUAACCGGUGAAGAACCUUAUCCACACAUCCACCCUGCCAAUAUGAGCUCCUUGGUCAGAAUACUUAUCCCGCAAGGCCAAAGGCCCAGUACUGAGGAGCUGGAGAAGAAGAUCCAUGAAGUGCAGAAACUGGAAGACUUGAUUGGGCUGAUGAAACGGUGCUGGCAUAACGACAGGACCCAGAGGCCGUCUUUCCGAGACUGCAGCCACAAGACAGAGGAAAUCUACUGCUGUUACAAGCAGCAGAUUGUGAUGGCCGUGCGCGAAGUCCAAGAUAUUUUGAUGCAGAUGGAGAAAUCUCCAGCAAGGGGAACUAGACUUGACUCCAGUCUGACGUCUGAGGAAAGCGCUUCCAUCAGUUUAAGACACAGAAGUGCAUAUUCCCUGACACCACAGUCCUUUGGAAUAGAGGAACAUUUUGAGACUCUGCGCUUGCAAGAAUCCCCAUCCAUACAAAAUAAGGCUUCACCUACUGGCAGUGGUCUGAAGAGGAACCCAGAGUCCAAAUCGUCCCCGCUCUUGCUUCGUAGUUCUAGUAUGAUUAAUAUGAGAGGAGAAGAAGGGCAUGGAAAUGAAACUCCCGCCUCAAGCGUGACUAUGCGGUCUCGACCCGAGCCUGGGGAAAAGAAGCCACGCCCCCUCUCUGACAUGUAUCCAUUCGGAACAUUCCCGCCUUAUCACCCCGGAAUCUUUCCGUUUCAACAGUACCCUACUGAAGCUGGAUUCUUUACCAGGGAUCAGUCCCUCCUGCCCUACUUCAAUCAAGUCUCUCCGUGUGGAAGUGGUGGAAUCCAUAUCUCCGGCCAUGAUAUUUCAGGGAUCCAAAUUGGAUCUUAUAAUUCGAUGUCCUUCGAUCCUGGAAACAGCCUCAGGAAGAAAAAAUAA